AUGAGGGCAAAUCGUGGCAUGGAGCUGCCAGAGGACUUCUGGAUACCCAUUCAUCUGGAAACCAACAACAUCACGUCGCUCAGUCCUUUUCUGGUUCCUCAGGACCACUUGGGGAACUCGGUAACCUUCUACUCCAUGGCAGGAUUCAUGUUCUUCAUAUUUGUGGUUGGCACUGGCAUUAACACCCUCACCAUUGCAUGCACUGUCCAAUACAAGAAGCUCCGGUCCCACCUCAACUACAUCCUGGUUAACUUGGCCAUGGCAAACCUUCUCGUGUCCUGUGUGGGCUCCUUCACGGCCUUCUGCUCCUUUUCAAGCAGAUAUUUUAUUUUCGGAGCACUAGCGUGCAAGAUUGAAGGUUUCAUGGCUACACUUGGUGGUAUGGUAGGCCUGUGGUCUCUUGCAGUGAUAGCUUUUGAAAGAUGGCUUGUCAUAUGUAAGCCAAUGGGUAACUUUAUUUUCAAGCCUGACCAUGCUUUAGCCUGCUGCGCAUUCACCUGGGUGUUUGGACUGAUCGCCUCAGCUCCUCCACUGUUCGGAUGGAGCAGGUACAUCCCAGAAGGCCUGCAGUGCUCCUGUGGUCCUGACUGGUACACCACAAACAACAAAUACAACAAUGAAUCCUACGUGAUCUUCCUUUUUGGCUUCUGCUUUGCUGUUCCCUUCACCACCAUUGUCUUCUGCUACAGCCAGCUGCUCAUUACAAUGAAAAUGGCAGCCAAGGCCCAAGCUGAGUCUGUCUCCACCCAGAAAGCAGAGAGGGAGGUGACCAGGAUGGUGGUCCUCAUGGUGAUGGGAUUUUUGGUGUGCUGGUUGCCUUAUGCCUCCUUUGCUCUUUGGGUUGUGAAUAACCGUGGCCAAUACUUUGACCUGAGGCUGGCCACCAUACCUUCCUGCUUCUCAAAGGCCUCUGCAGUCUACAACCCAAUUAUCUAUGUCGUCUUCAAUAAACAGUUCCGUUCAUGCAUGAUGACGAUGCUGGGGAUGGGUGGAGGUGAGGAGGAAUCCUCAUCAACACAAUCAGUGACUGAAGUCUCCAAAGUUGGGCCUGCUUAG